CUUAUGCAAGAUUGCAAUAUAUGAAAAGUCCCUGAGUUUCGACUCGAACGCCAUCUCUUGGAGUUCAUUUUAUCACUGAUAUAGCAUUCUGUUUCUCCAGCAUACAAAACGAAAAGAAAUUAUCCAAGAUUCGUUUCCAGUCAAUUCAUUCACUUGUUCAAUAAAUCUUUUGUGCUCUUGAUAUACGUGAACGUGGAAAAUGCAACCUUUUAUUCCGUUCAUCUCUUUAUUAUAUACUUAUCAAUAUAUUCAUCAAAAUGAAUCCACUUUUUAACCUUAUUCUGGUUCAGCCAUUCUUGAAGUAAACAAAAUCAUUUGUUCCAUAUUGAAAGGCAACAUUCUUCCUGUAGAAGCAAAAUCCCCCAAAAUUCUUACAAACAUAUACACAAAUACUGACACUGAUUUGCUCAGCAUUUUCUUAGGUUAAAGACAUGGAACCUGAGUCUAGUGAUGAUCAACCUAAAAGAAGGCUGAUUCGAGCAAACAUUAGUCUUAGGUUAUCAACAAGCUUUGAUGAUGAUGAAACUCGAGGCUUGUCUGAGGCUCAAUCAUUGGAAACAACGGAUGAUCCGUUUUCAGAGGAAGAACCAGAGGGUGAAGAAAAUGAUGAACUAGAAAAAGAUGAUUUACUUAAUGAACAUGUUCAUCUUGAUGAUUCUCUGAUGGAACAAGGAAUAAUGCACAAAAGCAACAUUGAAUUGGAAAAUGAUUAUGAAUAUGACGACGAUGAUGAUGAUGAUGAACAUCAAAUUGAUUCACAUAAAGAUGAGCUCGGACAAAAGCCUGAUGUGACCAGUGAUUCUCCAGCUGUUAAAUUUUCUGAUCGACUUUUUAGCAAAAUAUUGAAACUUUCAAAGGAAGCCAAAAGUUCACCGACUGGGAGUAUAAAGGGUUCGACUUUAGCAUCCAAAAUGCGUAAAGUAUUGGAAGAUUUUCAAACAUCUUCAAGCUCACGUGGACCCUCGAAGGCUGGUAUCAAUUAUAACCAAGACACUAGAGGGUGGUACAAUGAUUUGAUGAGCUUUAUAAGUUCACAGGAUAACUUUGAUCCAGCCACAAUGACUCUGGACAAUUUGCAAAAAUUGCGUUCAGUCAUGUGUAAAGCUGAAAGAGCCAGUCUCAGUGUAACCAAAGAGAUGGAAUCUGAUCUCGUUAACCACAAAAUUUGCUUCAUUUGUCUCAAGGUGCGCUUCAAUCUAAUCAAAUGGUCAACAAGGUGUAAAAUUUGCUCACAAACCAUGUGUGACAAGUGCACAGUCUUUCUGUCCCUUCCUCACCAGCCAUUCAGUGAAAUAACAGUUGAUCAAAUUGAAGCCUCCCAGUCAGUCCAACAGCUUUCAGCGACAGACCCAGGCUCAAGUCCAUCAACUUCAACCUCACCAAGUUCACUCUUGGCAUCAGUCAAUGAACAAGAGUCAGACCCUUCUACGGAGCCAAGCUCAAUGACAGGCCAAGAUGAAGCAAGUUCCCCAUCGGUGUCACCCUUACCUUAUGCAUCAACUUCAAUACCUCGUUCGCCUCGUCACUUGGCGAGUAAAACUUUGCCCAACAUUUUGCGCUCUUUAUCCAUCAAAGGCUCAGAUUCCCUUGAGACAAUCAAAGUGUGCAAGGAUUGUAAACUUUUCAUUGGUAAAUUGCGAAAAAUGAAAGCCACAACAUAAUUCAUAUCAUUACUCAAUUGUGCAAAUAAAACUGCAAAACUUGAACCAAAUUUCUUUAACCAACAAUAAUGUUAUUAUACAAUAUUCAUUCAAAUUCACUCCCUGUUUUUCACUAUCUCAUAAUAAUCUACUUGAAAUAAUUUUGCCGGAAAAAUGAAGCCAAUAAUUGGAUAAGUAAAUGAACCAAUUAAACAUCAUCAAAGACUAACAAUUGAUACAUACUGAGCAUCUAACGAAAUAACUAACGAGUAAAGUCAAAUUUUCUUAUCUACAAAAGCUCUUUACAUAGUAAAUCGGAUUACAAUUGAUGACUCCAAUUAUUAUUAAAAUUGAAGAAAACCAUUAUUUAAUCAACAUUUGUUUGCAUUUAUUAUAAUUUAUUCAUGCAAAUUUUGAUGCAAUGCAAUGAAAGUCGAGAUGAAAAAAUUGAUUUUUAACCCUUUCGUCUUUUCCUUCCUCACUUGAAAUAAAAUUCAUUUCUUUUUUUUUUCAUUAAAAUUAGCAUCACAAUUUAUUAAAACUAAUAUAAGAUAAAUUCAUUUCACAAAGAAAAUCAUUUCAACUCUUCAUUCUUCUUCUCUUUUUUAAUCAAUACAACAUUCAUUUUGCAGCACAACUGAAUGGGAUAAGAAAUAGGUAAGAUUGAUUAAUCAAUAAUCCAUGGUUGAUUAAUAUAAUAAUAUCUCAUUGGAAUAAAAAGGAAGAAAAAAGCAAUCAUUUAUCAUCUUUGUGAUUACUGUUGUUAGCAUAAUCCUAUAAGGUGAGGUCAUCAAUUUGUUGCUUAUAAUGAUUGUAUGAAGAGAAGAAAAUAACCUUUCAUGAGUUUUGAUGAGCGACAGAAUGCUGACUCACUGAAUGCUUGGAAGCUUAGCACAAGUUUAUUAAAUUUUUGGCUUAUCAUUCAAUGCAAAUGAUGGAACAGGUGAACUUUGAUGAGCUUAUCACAAUUUUUGGCAACAUCUUUUGACUCUUAAUGAGUGACCUCAGCAAGUGAACAUUUGGUGGUACAUUUUAAUAAAGUCUCUGCUUAGCUUCAUGCUAGGUGAUGAUAAUGCUCUGGUGAACAAUUUUCAUUACAAUUUUGAUUAACUUGUUGAUGUGAACAUAAUUAUUUUUAGAUAUCAUAUAAUCUUUAUCACGAGGACGUCUGAGUCGUGGUCUCAUUUCACUCUUUAGUGUUUUGAGCAGAUACUUUUGGACCAAUUAAUGCACUAGGAUUUUUUUGAGGAUUUUUCGAACUUCAAUGCAGAAAAAAUAAUUCGGAACAGCAUUAAGAUUCAGCAUUAGAAUAUGCUAGAAGUGGAAAUAUAAAUACAUAUACCUGGAUGAUGGCAUUUGAGUCCAAAGUUCUUUAUACAGUGGGAAAGGUAAUGAUUUCAAUGAGCAUCCUACAGGAUGGCAAACUACCUAAACUAAUACUUAGAUUUCGUUGCAGGCUUUGUCUUUAAGUGCUUCAGGUUCCUCUGCUUUGGUGCAAUUCUGCUCGGGCCUUUAUUGGUGGUAUAUUUCUGUGUACCACUUUGCACCCCAUGCAUUCAUAAGGAGAACAUACUAAGAUGUCAAGAUCUUUCGGAAUCUUGUAGUUUAUCUCAAUCUUUGCCGCGAUUGGGAAGGGAAUGACACGAGAAUAUCAAUCCCAAUCCUAUCAGCAACUCUGCUGGCAGAAUAAAUAAUUAGACAAUCUUCACAAGUUUUAUGCUGCCCUAAAUGGCCCACUAAUAGAUCGUCUGCAUUAUCGACUGACUAUAUUCAUAUUAGCUCUAUCUCAGAGUGGAUUAAAGUCCUGGAGCUGACAUUAUUUUUUGUACUGGAACCGGACUUUUAGCAUAUUACUAAUGAUUAAACCGUUGAGCAGAAAACAUACCUCAUCUAGGCGCAUCAUACUAGAAAUAAAUCAGUAAAAUCAACAUAUCAAGCCAUGCAUAGUAAGUUUGGUAACCUGCCUCUGAUUCAUUUCUGAGAAGGUAAUUUCAGCCAAAAUACAUCUUUCAUUUAAUCAUAUGUAAUGAUUUGCAGAAGCAUCAUGGAUUUUGAGUUUUAAAUUUUUCGUGCGCUUCGCAAAGUAUUUUGAAUCAAAAUUGCCUUAGAACUUGCAAAGUGUUGAUUGAUUCUGAUAUCCUCGGCUAAUCCAUUGAUGAAAAGUACAAGUCUUUCAGCGAUUUAUUCUUAUAAGUAAUGUAAAUAUUAUUUGAUGUAAAGUGAUUUAAUAUAAGAAUCAAAUGCAUCUUCGCAUCGAAAUAUUUUUUCAUUGAGGCUUGAAUGUGUAAAUCAAAGCGUCACUGGAGCGUCUUGAAGCUAACCAAAACAAAAGCAAAACUUUUCAUCCAAUUUUGGUUUUAUAAAAAAUUUGAUUCACUUUUAUUUUAAUCUUGAACUUUUUUAUUCAAUCAAGCAUGGAAAUAAAUCUUUAUCUUCUUUUCUCACCUCAACCUUAAUAGAUUCAGUAUUGAUAAUAAUGAUCAAUACUUCUGAUGAUGAGCAUAGUUUUGUGAGCAUUUUUCUUUACCUUUUCACGUUUUCUUGCAUCAACCUAGCAAUCUUUUCAGAGACUUUUCAAUCAAUGGGUUAAACUUUUCUGCUUCAAUCACUAGAUAUUUAUCAGAAAAGAUUAAAUCGAAAUUCUUGCUCAAAAGCAAUUUGAUAAGUUGAAAGUUUGUCGCAAAAAUUGUGCCAAUGAAAUGGGUUAUGAUUACGACAAUUAAACUUCUGAUGAGCAAUCUUUAAAUCAACUAAGUAACUCUUUUUUCCCGGUUUUACCCAUGACUUUGGAAACAACAAUUUUGACACAUUUCAACAAGCCAAAACCAUGCCUCAACUUUUAUCAUGAAAAGUCUGGUUUAGCUAAAUUGAAUGAUUCACUCAAACUCAAGUGCUGUCAGUUCAGUUUACGGUUAUCAGAGCAAAAUGUACCUUUUAAAAUUCAAAUAUUGUUUUCUCGGAAAUCAAAUUGAUAGGAAUUGGUCCUUGAGAUGUCAUUUUUGUCAAAUAUUUUUGAAUAAAAGUUCAAUAGAAACAGAGAGAAAAAUGGUUUCACUCGAAAUAUUUUUCCAUUUACCUUCAAGAGAUGUAAAAAGAGUUCACAUGAAAUUCAACUUUUCACGACUUCAUCAACUCGUGGACGAUUUCUCACUUCAUAAAUAGCACUUCAUUGUGUCUCGAAUUAAUAAGUAUCGAGCAAAAACGAGUUUUUAUGACAUUCGCUUUUCUCGCAAAGUAACUCAUAGUUAUUGGUACAAAGGUCUUCUCGAAAUGAAUGAAAAGAUAUCGAGAGACAAACUAUUGAAACAGGCUAGAGGUGAUGAAGAUGUUCAGUUGAAAUGAAAAACAGUUUAUGAAUAAACAAUGUUUUCAUCUUUUCCAUUGAAUUUGAUAUCAAAAUAUUUUUGAUGUUAUUUUACUGAUGGAAUGAAUUGACAUUGAUAAACAUUGGUUAUAAGUUUGCCUUAGUAUUGAUGUUUGAUUAAAUAAAGAUUUACCUGAAAAAGGCAAAGCAAAAUUGACUUUUUCAUACUUUUUUCUUGUUCCAUUUAUAUGGUUGAAAAGAGGA